UAAGACUCGUCUUGUCGUCCAUCUAGAAAAUAUUGGCAAAAACGUUUCUUUGGUGUCGAUUCCAGUCCAGGUUAUCUCUUUUUGUGACAAUUCAAUUCAGAUUUACCAAGAUUAUUAGUGUCAUAACUUCAGAAUGAACAAAAAAAUGAGCGACAAUGGGCUGACUAAUGUAGAAGAAGUGCGUCUUGGAUUGUAUCGUGUGAACUGGAGUUUUUCUGCUAAAAUGAAGACAAAUGUGGGGGCGUACACAACUGUGUUUGCACUUCGUGGAUCCCAGUUUGGUCGCAUUUACAUAAUCACUUACGAUUUCCUUUGCAAGACUUUUAAUGAAAUGGAGCCUUAUUAUUUCUCCUUCACUUUAAAAGAAUAUUCAUCUAGCGAAAGUGAUUCAAGUUAUUCUCAAUUGACUGGAGUGGGAGUUCAAGCUGCACAACCAUCAGAGCCAAAACGCCAAAAGAUUGAUGAAGCAUCAGUUUCAUCCCAAGUGACAGAACGUGAAAAGUUACCUCCACUUAAAGUUUCUUUAGACAAUGGAGACAAUUUCUUAUUCAUGGGAGCAGAAUUCAACCAGGUAAACUCCAAGCUGUGGGAAAAACGCAUAUUCAGCAAAGAUAAUCCGAAAAAUGUUGCUUUGUGGAUCGAUUUUGGAAAUAGUGAGUUGAACGAAAACAAAAUCGUGAAAGGUCUGGCUGGAAUGUUCUACAGUCAAACUCUAUGUGAUGUCCAUUUUCAUUUUAAAAAUGGGCAGACGAUCGGUGCUCAUGUGAUAGUCCUCUCAACUGGAAGUCCCGUAUUCGCCACCAUGUUCCAGUCCAGCUUCAUCGAGUCCAAAACAAGGAUAGUCAACAUUGAAGAUAUUGAGCCCGAAGUAUUCAGACAGUUGCUCAUUUGUCUGUACACGGGAAAAGCUCCAAAAAUGAAGGAGAAUGGUCUAGCCCGGCAGCUGUAUGAAGAUGCCGAUAAAUAUGGUAUCGAGAACCUCAAGAAAGAGUGCGUUGAAGAAUUGCUCAAUCAACUGUCGGUCGGAAACGCCAUCGAACUGUUGAUUUGGUCCGAUUUCCACUCAGCCACGAAACUGUUUAAAAGCACUCUGAAGUUUAUAGCAAAAAAUUUCGCUACUCUCGUCUCAAAACCUGAAUGGAUGGAAAUGAUGAAAAAUCGUCCGGAUUUGUGCCUCAAGGCUAACCAGAAAAUAGCUCAACGGAUGAAACACGGGCAGUUUCCUUACUCCAAAGAAUUCGAACAAGAUUCUGAUGACAUAGCAUAAUCCUGCUUGGUGUCUUUAGAUAUCCUUUUUUCAUUUAAAGAAAGGUUUUCGGACGGCAUUUCUGUUCAACCUGGAAAAUUUGUUCAAGUUACUUGGGGCUCAAAGAAAAACAGAGACAUCAUCUUAUACAAGUCAUUCAGUAUUUAAUUAAGUGCAACUGAACAGUUAAAUUAAUUUCAGUGUUGAAUUGUGUAUCUCUUUUUGAAAACAAAGCAUUUCAAUUUCGGCUGCCAUUUUGCUUAAACUCUUCUUUUUCCUUGGUGUAAACAUAGGAUCAAUAUAUUUUUGUUUGCAUCAAUGUAAACUGCUAGGUUGAUUUUUUUUUUGUAACCGAUAGACUACAACUGUUCAAUGCCUGUUAACUGAUUUCAUCAGGGGAAAUUUGUCAGCAACACAGAAAGUAUCUGAAAUUUGAAAAUUAUUCUUCUGAUGUUUACGUAACCGAUUUUUUAAGUUAACACGUUGACUGCCACGUAUUUUCCCCUGUUGUCAGUUCCUGAGGUUCACACUGAUCAGUUUUGGUGCUUCUAUGAGUGGGAAUGGGAAGGAUCUCUCGCUGGCGUAAUGGGUCUUUUUCUAACAGUUUUAUUUCGUUUCUUUGUUUUUAGUCUCUGAUGCAAUGGACUCUUUGUAUAUUGCAGAAUAGAUCAAUAAAUGUGCAAAUAAAAAUAAUUUGCUAUA